AUGGCUGACGUGCAUGACGAUGUUAUGGGGAAUGCAAUCUCAAUGGAGCGCAGUGAAGACGCCGGUGUUCCUGAGUAUGCGUCCACCCUAAGUGAUUCCGAUAUCGAAGAUACCACAGAAAUUGAUGCUUUCCCUGACGUAAUCACGUUAGACGUGGACGUAGAUAUAGCUGCAUGGGACGAAGAUGUAGACGUAUCAGAUGAGGGUUUGGAUGCGUUAGAUGGCGAUGUAGUAGACGACGAUACAGAUGCGUCAGACGGAGACGAAGACGUCCUUGCCGAAGGUGUAAACAACAUCGAUCACAGUGAUGUUCCUAGUGGUGCCAACAGUGACUCGAACGGCGAGAGUGAGUUGGAAACACAUUUUAGUCCUACUCAAAGCCAACAGCCUGAUCAUGGUGGUUCAACCAACAUUGCGACUUCUGGUGCAAAUGAGGAUGAUCCGCUCCCCCACGAGAGAGCUUACAUGCGGAAGCAAAAAUUCAACCAACUGGCUCGGGAUCUUGUGGAAGAGAUUAUGGAGCUUGAGCCAUCCCCAAGACUGAAAAGGAUUCUUUACAUGAUCCUUCAGCUUCGACUCAAACAUCAAAGGUCUAACCGAAAUCGAAUUAACCCAAAGGACCGGGCUGCAUAUCCAUCCGACUUCAGAGAUGUGGAAAGAAUGCUCCGCACUGCUCCACCUCCAGAUGAGCACCUCUGGACGACCGAUAAAAGGGAGGCCAAGUAUGUUGACAGCUCUCACCGCAAAAGGCGCAAGCUUAAUACAUCGCCAACUCUAGUCGACGGCGAGAAAGUAGAUCGUGAGCCAUUAAGAAAAUAUGACCAUAACGGCAGGUCUUGGCGCAAAAAUGACAAGCCUAGAUUGUCUCCAGAGUCUCUUCCACAACCGGCAAUUAUGGAACAUCAUGUAAAAACCAAGGUAUCAGAAGAGGAUUUUCGUAGAUGGGCCGGCGGACCACGCACAGAUAUACCAGAUAUCCUUUAUAGAGCGUGGGAUGAAUAUAGCUUGUGCCAAAUUCAUGACCCACGCGUUGGCUUUCUGUCUGGCUGUUCUGAAUGUCACCUCGGCACAUCUGAGAGUCGCUGCUGUGAACUUUCGACCCACGCGGAUUGGGGAUCUCGUCAUCGCGGACCAUUUAUUUCAUUCACAUCAUGCUGGCAAGAGAUUUGGGAUCAUCGUGUAUACGCUCUGGAGAAACGGCAAAAGAAACAUAAAGGUAAGCUUGUGAAUAUCAAAAUCACCAUUGUGAAUGCGCGCGCUAGAUGUGCUGCUCGAAUGCCCAUCCUCAGGAUGAAACAUGAGCUUAAUCAUUACAAUGUGAAGACCCCGUAUGGAAAUAUUCGAAACACUAAGAAUUCAUUCUUUGAAAACGAAUACCUAUUGCCGUUUGUUAUUUCUCCUAGCGAGAUUAUUCUAACUAUCCCCUGGCACGAAAUUCAGGAUUGGGCGGAAAAGAAUGGUCGGACGGUCAACGAUUGGGGCAAAGAAGUUGGAGCAACCCUUUUUGAGAAACACGAGCAAGACAGGUUGGCAGGAACGACCAGCUCUCAACAGGCUUGUAAAUGCUGUGGCCAUGGGAGUGGCUGCUCUUGUUGUGGACACAAUCCCCCCGCCUCGAGUCCAGAGACUUCAGGAGUUCGUUCGGAACAAGUACAUAUGAGCGAUGAUACUUGUGCUGAAAAUACACCUUCCACGGAAACAGAGCGACGCCGGGUCUUUCACGAGCAUUCUUCUACUACACCCACAUAG